CUCAGGGUGCAGGGCGGGCAUAAAUAGUGAGUGCCUGCCAAGCAAAGGCUAGUUUGUUUGGAGCUCCUGAGGCCUAAGAAGAAUAAACCUGUCAUGCUGCUCUUCCUCCUCUCUGCACUGGUCCUGCUCACACAGCCCCUGGGCUACCUGGAAGCAGAAAUGAGGACCUACUCCCAGAGAACAGCGACCAAUGCUUGCACCCUGGUCAUGUGCAGCUCAGUGGAGAGUGGCCUGCCUGGUCGCGAUGGACGGGAUGGGAGAGAGGGCCCUCGGGGCGUGAAGGGGGACCCAGGUUUGCCAGGAGCUACAGGGCAAGCAGGGAUGCCUGGACAAGCUGGCCCAGUUGGGCCCAAAGGGGACAAUGGCUCCGUUGGAGAACCUGGACCAAAGGGAGACACUGGGCCAAGUGGACCUCCAGGACCUCCCGGUGCGCCUGGUCCAGCUGGAAGAGAAGGUCCCUUGGGGAAGCAGGGGAACAUAGGACCUCAGGGCCAGCCAGGCCCAAAAGGAGAAGCUGGGCCCAAAGGAGAAGUAGGUGCCCCAGGCAUGCAGGGCUCGGCGGGGGCAAGAGGCCCCACAGGUCCUAAGGGAGAGCGAGGUGCCCCUGGUGAGCGCGGAGUCCCUGGAAACACAGGGGCAGCAGGGUCUACUGGAGCCACGGGUCCCCAGGGAAGUCCAGGUGCCAGGGGACCCCCAGGACUGAAAGGGGACAAAGGUGUUCCUGGAGACAAAGGAGCAAAGGGAGAAAGUGGACUUCCAGAUGUCACUUCUCUGAGGCAGCAGGUUGAGGCCUUACGGGGACAGGUGCAGCACCUCCAGGCUGCCCUCUCUCAGUAUAAGAAAGUUGAGCUCUUCCCCAAUGGCCAAAGUGUCGGGGAGAAGAUCUUCAAGACAGCAGGUGUUGUGAAGCCAUUUGCGGAGGCACAGCUGGUGUGCACACAGUUUGGUGGGCAGCUGGCCUCUCCACGCUCUGCUGCUGAGAAUGCCGCCUUGCAACAGCUGGUCACAGCUCAGAACGAGGCUGCUUUCCUGAGCAUGACUGACUCCAAGACCGAGGGCAAGUUCACCUACCCCACAGGGGAGCCCCUGGUCUAUUCCAACUGGGCCCCAGGGGAGCCCAACAAUGACGGCGGGUCAGAGGACUGUGUGGAGAUCUUCGCCAAUGGCAAGUGGAAUGACAGAGCUUGCGGUGAAAAGCGUCUUGUGGUCUGCGAGUUCUGAGCCAACCGGGGUGGGUGGGACAAUGCUUGGCUAAGGAUCCUGACCAGCAAGUCAGGGCCUAGUGCCUCCUGCUGCCAAUAUCCUAAUAAAAAGGUGACCAUCUGUGCUGGGAA